AUGUCUACAGUUGAUUUCUCCUCCUUUACCAAUAUCAUAAAUGGAGAAUCCAGAAACUCAGCUGAAACAGCCCGUGGAAUUGACCCAUUCGACGGUAAAUCAUUAUGGGAUGUGCCACUGGCCUCAAAAUCCGAUAUGCAAGAUGCCGUGACCGCCGCAAACAAAGCUUUGGAAACCUGGUCUGAGACGACCAUCGACUAUCGGCGCAGGCUCAUUGCCCAAUACAAGGACAUUUUUUUCUCUCAUCUACAGGAUUUCAAAACUCUUCUUUAUAAAGAGGCCGGAAAAACAAGCGCUAUGGCAGACUCGGAGCUGACUGACACGAUUUCUAUGUUUGAUCACCAUCUCAGCCUGAAUUUACCAACUGAGGUUUUAAAUCUCGAAGAUAGGGUAACAACAUCAAGCUACGUCCCCGUCGGAGUCGUUGUUGCCAUCUGCCCAUGGAACUUCCCCAUUGUCUUGGCAAUGGGAAAAGUUCUGACAGGUCUGCUUACUGGAUGCACGGUGAUCGUGAAGCCAUCACCAUUCACCCCUUACUCAGCCCUAAAAUUGGCUGAAAUUGCCCAGGGUAUUUUCCCUCGCGGAGUUCUACAGGCUCUGUCUGGAGAUAACUUGCUCGGUCCUUCGCUGGUGGCACAUCCAGAUGUUCACAAGAUUUCUUUUACUGGUUCGACUGCGACAGGGAAGAAAAUCAUGGCUGUAGCUGCAGAAACUGUUAAGCGGGUUACUUUGGAGAUGGGUGGUAAUGACGCCACAAUUGUGCUGCCGGACGUCGACAUCGCCAAAGUUGCGCCACAAGUCACCAUAGCAGCUCUAUUCCACUCAGGACAGGUUUGUCUUGCCAUCAAGAGGGUUUACAUCCAUCAAGAUAUCUACGACGACUUCAUAGCGGCAAUGAUAGAGACCAUGAAAAUCCUGAGUAUUGGCGAGAAGGACAGCUUGUUGGGGCCGAUUCAAAACAAAUUGCAAUUUGACCACAUACAAGAUCUUCUCGCUGACUCUCGUCAACAGGGUCACAGUGUGAUCGGUACGAGGCAUUCGUUUGACGAUCGCGGCGGGUACUUCAUUGGGCCACACAUCGUGAGCGAGCCACAGCAUGAUUCUAGGAUUGUUACCGAGGAGCAGUUUGGCCCCAUCAUCGCGACUUUGAAGUGGUCAACAGAAGACGAAGUCGUUCGCUACGCCAACGACACAAAAACCGGCCUCGGAGCGAGUGUUUGGAGUUCUGAUGAGUCGCGCGCGGAGAGAAUAGGGAAGCGUCUUGAAGCUGGAAAUAUAUUCAUCAACUCUGGCCAUCGACUCACCGCCAAGGCGCUGUUUUCUGGGCACAAGGAAAGCGGGCUUGGUGGUGAAUGGGGUAGUACAGGGCUUUUGGAAUAUUGCAAUGUUCGCGUUUCUCAUGUAUUCAAGACCACUUGACUGGUCUAUGAAAUUCCAGUAAAUGAUUCUAAUAUGCAAAAGAUAUCAGGUUAAAAAGCGAC